UCUUUUCCACACUCGUUCUUUUUUUCACAUUUCCUUCCUCACCUCCACGCCAUGAGCGCCGAAGCCUCUCCAGAAACGGGACGUUUUAGGACAAAGUCUUCCCCAGAACUUUUCUUCCCUGCUACGGACUCAGAAGGUGAAGAGCAAAACGAUGUCCCCCUCACUAUUGUCCACCCGACUCAGAGCACCAGUUCCAAGUUUAGCAUCAAUAUCGCUUCUUCCUCUAGACCCCAACAUGGAAUUACUACCGGGGAUUUUGAAGCUACCAGCCAGACAUCUGCCCAUGACAAUGUCGAUGAUGAUUUUUCUAUCGUGGGGCAUAAUCCAGCUUCAUCACAUCCCCAAGGGACAAUUGUCGCUCCUCGAAGGAAAAGAAGUCUCCAACAGGCACAUUCACAUCAUUCUAGCUCGUCUUCAUCGCCUGUCCCAUCAGCUCCGGUAAUACGUGCUGAUUUUAGGAAAGGAUUUUUAGGCGAAUUUGUAUGUGAAGGCUGGAGCCUUUCCAAGGGCCGCGGAUAUUGCUCACCGGGUACCAAAAUUGUCAUUGAAAGACCCAAAAGCAAGUCCACGGAUGUUGGCGCCCCGAAACCAGGAAGGAAAGACAGUGGACCCGUGAGACUUGUCAAUGGAAAGGUGGUGGGUGGAGUAAAAUCGAAGCAGAUGACUCUGGGAUCAAUGAUGGCAAAAAAAGUGGAGCCUGCGAAGAAAGUGAAGGCAACGACAGAUCAAAUCAUACGGUUCAGAAAUGAACGUGGUUUUGAAAUUGGAAGACUGUCAAUUCAUGAAGCUGGUUUCCUCGCUCAUCUCCUGGACACCGGCGUCAUCCAACUUAGCGGAAAUGUCAUUGACUGCCCUCAAAACCUUACCACAGGAUGCACUAUCUUACUUAACAUCAAGGUAUAUUUAGCUCGAAAAGCAUUUGAAAACUUUGGAAAACACAAAAGGGAGGAACAUUUUUCAUUUUGGAAAGAUCAAAGAGAGACAGCCAUGGAAGAGGCAAUGCGUCUAAGGAAGGAUUCGCUGAGGUCCCUUUUUGAGCGUAUUGGCGUGAAGCCCAUUCAGUCCAGUGCCCUUUCAAAAGUAACACCAAUUCAAGGGGUCUUGAAUAGGCAAAAGGGACCCGAUCUAGAGGGGUCCAGACUCAGAUCUUCUCCAAGUACUUCAACUGCCGAGGAGAAAGGCAAAGGCCGGGCUGCUAUGCCCGCUGUGGAUGAUGAUGGAGAAGACAGUGGAGACGAAGCGGAAAAGUUAGAUGAGAAACAAAUGAAUGAGAUUGACUCCAUUUACCGAAAGGCUCAGCAGGGUGAUACUCGUUUAGACGAGAUGGAUCCUCCUUCGACAUUCCUGUACACUCUUCGUCCAUACCAAAAGCAGGCCUUGACAUGGAUGAACGCGAGGGAAAAGGGCGACUCUAGCGUUCGGAACGAAAGUUUGCACCCUCUGUGGGAGGAAUACUUGUUCAAGAAAGAUCAACUGCCUGGAGAGCCCAUUGAGAUUUCUGACGAUGAUGAACAACCCGAUUCCACACGGAAGUUUUACUGGAAUCCUUAUAGCGGCGAACUCAGUCUUAAGUUCCCGACCUCCCAAAACCUUUCUCGAGGGGGUAUUCUUGCUGAUGCGAUGGGCAUGGGCAAAACUUGUAUGAUGGCUUCUUUGAUCCAUACCAACCGCGAGGAGAAACCAGCUGGAAACUUGGAAUCGCAGACCAGAGAUGGGGUGGAAGGAGAGAUCGACGAGGAGCCUGCUUCCAAGCGUAUCAAAUUCAAACAAGUCACCCUUUCCAACCAAUGGCGUGCUGUUCCGACUGCCCCUAAAGUUGAAUCAUUCCCACGCGCUACUUUAGUUGUCUGCCCUGUUUCCCUCGCGGCGCAAUGGCAUGACGAACUUCGAAAAAUGUCACAACAAGGUUCAAUCAACAGCUACGUGUGGUAUGGAGGUGACAGGGUCGAUAUUGAGGCUUUAUUAGCAGGUGACGGAAAAGAGAGGGUGGAUGUCAUUGUGACUUCGUACGGAACCCUUACAAGCGAAUACCAGAAGUGGCUGAGGACCAAGGACAGGCCCAACUAUGAAGGUGGGAGCCUAUAUGAUCAUGAAUUCCUCCGCAUUGUUCUUGAUGAAGCUCAUAACAUCAGGAAUCGUUUAGCCAUGGUUUCAAAAGCUUGUUAUGAGCUCAAAGGCCAAAGGCGUUGGGCUUUGACUGGUACUCCUAUUGUGAAUCGUCUGGAGGAUUUGUAUUCGUUAUUGCAUUUCCUACGCAUCACACCUUGGGGUAAUUAUUCGUUCUUCCGAAGCUUCGUCACUGUUCCCUUUUUGAACCAAGAUCAUAAAGCUCUCAAUGUCGUUCAGUACAUCCUGGAAUCAUGCCUUUUGCGCCGAGAAAAGACCAUGAGGGAUAAGGACGGGCGCCUCAUUGUCGAUCUUCCCCCAAAGACUGUGGAAAUCAAGGUAUUACAGUUUUCUAGGGCCGAAAGGCAGAUAUACAAAUUCCUUGAGGAGAGGGCGAAGAAACGAUUUAUUGAUCUGGACGCAGAUGGAAGAGCCAUGUCAAAUUACACUUCCAUCUUGGCUAUGCUUAUGAAACUCCGCCAAUGUGUCGAUCAUCCCCUUCUUGUUCUUGGAAAAUCAGGAGAAGACGGAGAACUAGGCGAGAAGAUUUUGGAGUCCGGUGCUGGCAAUGGCGAAGGCAAUCUUCGUGACAUGAUCGCCAUGUAUGCGGGAGGCAUUAGAGCAGAGACUCCAGAAGAUGUGGACAAAGCUUAUGCGGCUAAAGUCCUGAAGGAAUUAGGGGAACAAGAGGAUACGCCGAUCUGCGAACUUUGUUCAAAUGAAAUGUUUGAUGAAGUUUUGUUGCCUUGUUACCACAGAAGCUGCCAGGAUUGUAUAGUUGAGUGGAUAGGUACAUGUGAAGAUCAGAACAAAAUAGCCAGUUGUCCAUCUUGUGGCAAAGGUCCAAUCAAACUCGCCGACCUUCGUUCCGUCCAGCGCCGUCAUAAGCGUGUCAAUCCUAUCACUGACGCUUACCCUGGGGGGCGCGAUCCGAACUUAAAGUCGAGCAACGAUACGACUGUUACAUUGGGUAAAGUAGACUUAGUCACAAGCACGAAGCUUAGAGCGCUGUUGAGACAAUUGGAAGAAAUAAGGCAAGAGGAUCCAAAGGCGAAGGCCCUGGUAUUUUCGCAGUUUACAUCUUUCCUAGAUUUGAUCGAAGCCACACUUACCAAACAAGGUAUACGUUGGCUUCGGUUUGACGGUACUAUGAGUCAAGCUCAACGCGCAAACACCAUUGAAGAGUUCGGCCGGAAAACGAAUGAACCACUAAUUUUGCUUAUAUCUCUCAAGGCUGGCGGCGUCGGUCUCAAUUUGACGAUGGCUAACUAUGUAUUUCUGAUGGACACUUGGUGGAAUGAAGCCAUCGAACAACAGGCGAUCGACCGUGUCCAUCGACUGGGGCAAAACAAGCCAGUUUACGUCACGAGGUAUAUUAUUAAAGGCACCGUUGAGAAGCGAAUUAUGAAGAUUCAGCGUUCGAAAACUGCUUUGGUAAACGCUUCCUUGUCGAACGGCGCUAAGACCAAGGAAACGACAUUAGCAGAUAUCAAGAAAAUCUUCGGAAUGGACGAAGAAGACAGUGAGGGAGAGGUUUACUGAACCAAUGGUCCCCUACAUUAUAACGGAAGUGAAGCAGCCUUGGCGCCGCUGUCAUAAUUCUGAUUAUAUGCAUAGCGUCAUAUUCUUAAGGUGAUUUGAUGCAACCUUGUAACCAAAGCUAACAAAGCUACAUUCUCCGAUCCAGCAUUGUAGGUGACGGCAUCCAGAUGAAG